AUGUCAGCUUCACUAGCACCAGAAUGCAAUGAAGUCAAGGAGCGUUAUGAUACGUGCUUCUUGAAAUGGUACAGUGAGAAAUAUCUUCGAGGACAAGAAAAGGACAAUAAGGAGUGUGCAGACAUGUUCAGAGAAUACCAAACAUGUCUCAAGGUCGCACUGAAGGACAGAGGCGUGGAUAAACUGGUGCAAGAGGCCCGUGAAGAGAAUAAAGAGAACGAUUUGAAGCAUCUUGGAGUGAAAAAAUAA